GGCUCGGGCGGGCAGGGGUGGGGGACGGGCUCUGGGAGCACUGAGCCGAGCCGAGCCGUGCCGUGUAGCACCGUGCCGCAGUGUCGCGGUGCCUUUCGCCGCUGAGGACCAGGGUGCCGCGGGCUUGUUAGAACCGCCGCUGCCGCCGCCGCCGCCCCGUCCGAAACCUGGAUUGCAGGAGCCCUUCACCAUGCCCGGCAGACUGUAGGUGCUUCAUGGAGCAAGCCAACUUCUACGAGGUCGAUUCCCGGCCCCCGAUGAGCAGCGGCCAGCACCACCAGCUCCAGACUCCCCUGCCCGGCAGCACCUACAGCUACAGAGAGGCUCCCUCGGCGGCGGCACCUGCUGCGGGCGGCGCGGAGCUCGGCGACAUCUGCGAGAACGAGAACUCCAUCGACAUCAGCGCCUACAUCGACCCCGCCGCCUUCAACGACGAGUUCCUGGCCGACCUCUUCCAGCACAGCAAGCAGCAGGAGAAAGCUAAGGCCAUCCUGGCCGGGGAUUUCGACUUUCACAGCAUGCAUGGGGCCGGCGCCGCCGCUUCGGCGCCGGGGCACCAGCAGCAGCACCACCAGCAGCCGCUCUUCGGCUGCGUGGCCGGCUACAUGGACGGCAAGCUCGACCCCCUCUACGAGCGCAUCGCUGCGCCCGGCUUGCGGCCGCUGGUGAUCAAGCAGGAGCCCCGCGAGGAGGAGGAGGUCAAGUCGGCGGCCCUGUCGGCCCUCUACCCCCACCACGCUCCGCAGCAGCACCCGUCCCACCUGCAGUACCAGAUCGCCCACUGCGCCCAGACCACCAUGCACCUCCAGCCCGGGCACCCCACGCCGCCCCCCACGCCCGUGCCCAGCCCGCACCACCCGCACCACCCGCACCCCCCCGGCGGCCUGCCCGCCGCCAGCGCCCUCAAGAUGAUGCCCGCGGAUCACCGGAGCAAAUCGAAAAAGACAGUGGACAAGAACAGCAACGAGUACCGGGUGCGCCGGGAGCGCAACAACAUCGCGGUGCGCAAGAGCCGGGACAAGGCCAAGCAGCGCAACGUGGAGACGCAGCAGAAGGUGCUGGAGCUCACCACCGACAACGAGCGGCUGCGCAAGCGGGUGGAGCAGCUCACCCGGGAGCUGGAGACUCUGCGGGGCAUCUUCAGGCAGCUGCCCGAGAGCUCGUUGGUGAAGGCCAUGGGCAGCUGCGCCUAACCCCACGCCGCGCCGGGACUGGCAGGGCCGCCGCGCCCGCUGCCGGGCUGCCCCUGCUCACCUAUAGAUACUUACACGUACCUGAGCGCAGCGAUCUCAGAUUGUUUCGGGGGUGGGGGUGGGUGGGUUUGUUUUUGUUUUGUUUUGUUUUUAACAAUUAACAACCAAUACAAGAAGCCAGGCAGCUGUAGUAUUAUAAAAAGUUUGUGCCUUAGGGGUGACACACGAAUAAGCUGAAAACAUGUUGGGUUUUAUAAGGAGAAGGGCAAGGGGAAGGAGGAGAUUUAAAAGCCCACGUGUCUACACAGGGUAAAUAAUAACAAUAACAAUAAUAAUAAUAAUAAAGCACACAUAGCAAUCCAGAUGUGCCUUAAAAGCUGGCUGCAGGAGCUCUGUGGCUUUCUGUUCCUCUCAGCUUGGCAAGGAGUGAGGAAAAAGGGUGAGGGGAUGUGCAGGCUUGAAGGACAGGCGUCUGGGGGUGCUGGCCAGUCCCCCCUCCCCUCAGCUGGCCUGCGGUGCAGCAGGCAGGGGCAGCUGUGGGGAGGCUGGUGGAGAGAAGAGGGCUGAGGCUGACAGACCCACAGCGCUGGAUGCUUGUUUGGAGCACUGAGGCAUGGGGCAGCUGCCAGACUGCUGCCAGGACUGUCCCAGCCUGGCUGGGCUGCCUCUGCCGAGCCUUGUCCCCUGUCUUGGCUGGGAGCGGGACCGUGGCUGUCGCCACUGUGGGACCAAUGGACAGCUUGGGACUGACGGAGCAGCAGCUUGCAAGGGAGCGUGGUGUGCUCCCCCAUCAAAAGGAAGAGCAGCAGUGUCUUGUACUGUAUGUCACAACUCGGCGAAGCACAAAUGAAUAAAUACCUAUUGAUGCGGGUAUUUACUAUGAACUUUCAGUGUAUUUUGCUUUAUUCCAGGACAUUUAGCUCCUCUCCGAGUCUCUACCCAAGCUGUGCCUCAUUUAAUGUGAAAGCCUUUCUGUGUAAUACUAGCUACACUUUAUUUUUAUUGCAUUACUUAGAUCUUUGCCAUCACACGACUUUCUUAUCUGGUGACAGAGACUAUGCCCUUGUGCUGCAAUGUUAUUUUAUUAUUUGUAUGGGUGGGUGAGUGUGAGUGCGUGUUGCCUUCUUCAUGUUGUCCUGAGCUGGCUGCUGCCUCCUGAUCCUGAGGCAGGGUGUCUGGAAGGGGGCACAAGGCUGUAGGGCUGCUGGACACCUGCAGUGGGGUGAGGAGGCUCGUCCCGGGUGCUGCAGCACCUUUGGACUCUGGAACUUAUCCCAGGGUGAGAUAAAAACAAACAAACAAACAGGCCCACUUCCAGGGAGUCCUGGAUGCAACGCAGUGUUUCUUCCUCGUGUUGUAGCUGCACAAGAAUUUGUCCAGUUGAAAUUGUCAUGAAGGGAGAGGACAAGGUGGAGAUAUAAAGCUGUUUGAAAGUGUGACAGUGGAGUGCUGGGGGUGUGUGUUUGUGUGUGCCACGUGCGUAUGCAGUGUGUGUGUAUGGGUAUGUAUACAUCUAUGUAUAUGCACACACAUUGGUGGGUUUUUUUGAAUUUGGGGGGUGGGAAGGGGAGGGUGCGGGACUGCAUAUAAGGUUUGUUGAAAGUCCUGGUUAUGUUCAUAAAUAAACAGCAUAUAUUCUACCAUAA